AUGUUUGAUAAAUCUACACAGCCUGGAAAUUCUGAUAUGUGUGAAGCCCUGCAGUGCGAGCAUUUUUGCAUUCAUGAUCCGAUCAAGGGUCCUGCCUGUCACUGCAGUGAAGGGUAUAAAUUAAAUGACGACCAUAAAAAUUGUACAGAAUACUCCCAAUUCCGGCAACCAUAUCAUGUCUAUUCUAUCCAUGAGGGAAUCUGCCAUUUCCCUGCCAAUCUGGCUGAUAUGAACAUAAACAAUGUCACUUUAAACAACCAAUGUUUUUUAUUGGACAGCAAAGGCUACUUGGCUCUUGGUAUGCACGCAAAGUCGGAUACUUUAUAUUUUUCGACGAACAACACAGAUAAAUGGAUCAACCGGGUGCGAAUGGAAUAUGAUGCUCCCCUGGAGAACAUCGUCGGUGGGGUCGGAAUAGUUCAAGGAAUCGCGUUAGACUGGGUGUCUUCCAAUCUCUAUUGGACGGACAGUCUUCACAAGACAAUCAAUGUAGCCAGAGAAGAUGGAAUGUAUCAACAAGUUCUUAUUGACGAAGCCCUGGAAAAUCCUCUUGGCAUUGCUGUUCAUCCGGGUAGAAGCAUCCUUAUCUGGACUGAUUCUGGUAAUCACCCGAAAGUGGAAUGGGCUUAUUUAGACGGUUCAGGACGGACCCUCAUCACGAAUAACAGCCUUGGUCACCCAUCACAUGUAUUUGUGGAUUUUAAAAAAGACAUGUUAUAUUGGGCAGAUACCUUAUUAGGUGUUGUAUCUUCAUAUGACUUCGAUCAAAAAACUAUCAAAAUUGUUUUUCCAAAGCCUUCUCACGCAAAAGAAUCAAUAUUUGGUAUCAGCAUUUUUCAGGAUUAUCUUUUAUGGACGGAUUUCAGUACAGAGAGAAAUGGGAUCCACGUUGCUCGCUUAGAUACAAUGACCAAAGUGAGGGAUAUCCUCCACCCUGAUGUUGGAAUGGCGUACGAUCUUCUUACGUUUGACUCACAAAAUCAACCUGACUUUGAAACACCGUGCCCUGCAGAGACUUGCAACAUUUGUGUCUUCCCGGAGAGGACCGCUCCUUUUGGUGCAAAUGCGGUCUUGAUCAGCAUUCCGACGCGGAAAGUUCACGCUUUGGAUAUCGAAGAUCACUUCCGUCCAUUUGCCGUCGAUUACGACCCACUGAGAGAAAUGAUUUAUUGGACCGAUGUGGCCCAUAAGUCAAUCAAAAAGGCAAAAUUUCAUGAAAAACAGGAAACACUUGUCAAGAAAUUGACAGAAGAUUCUAUUGCCGACGGUUUGGCAGUCGAUUCUGUUAACCAACUUCUCUUUUACAGUGAUGCUGGUCAGAAGAUCAUUGGUGUCAUGACUCUCACAGACCAUUCCUUCCACAAGACCUUGAUCAGUACUGAUCUGGAAAAAGUUCGAUCAGUCAUUGCCAGCACUUUAGAAAAGGGGCUUCAAGCUUGGCCCAAUGGACUGGCUAUUGAUGUCAAAGCCAAACGCAUCUAUUGGGUGGAUGCCAGAUCGAAUAAAAUCGCAUCGAUGACAACUGAAGGGAAAAAUUAUCGAUUGCUGUACAAUGAAGCAGACGCGCAUUAUUUUGGGAUAGCAUUAUCGGGAGAUUAUCUUUAUCUCACCGAUUGGUCUCGAAAUUCACUCGUGCGGUUGCCUAAAAAUGGAGGAAAAUUGGAAAACUUUUGGGACGGGACAUCGAAAUUUGUCCGGCUCAACGGCAUCCAUGCUUACAAUUCCAGUGAAAUAGUUUAUGAUAUCAGUCCAUGUUCCAGUGUGUCGUGUAGUCAUUUCUGUCUUCCCAGUCCAUUGUACGAACGAAUCUGUGCUUGUCCUGACCAUUUGAUGCUUUCAGAUGAUCUACAGAACUGUAUAACCAAAACAGCUGAUGUGACUUCAGUAACAUUUUCAAGUAGUGUUAAAAUCACCAAUCAGAAUUUUGAAACAACUAAUGAAACUACCCCAACGUCUGCCCUUUUCAGAACCCACACAAUCUCUACAGCUCGUUCUUUGGCUUCAGUCGGUUCCAUUUCAUCAUCUGCAACGGUGGCUGCGAUUUGCAUUGUAUCGUUCUUGCUUCUUGGAGGAGCCAUUAUUGGAGCUUUCAUUUUGAAAAAGCGCCAUAUUGAAAGCAAUCCUCAUCAAAUUCUGAACAAUGAACAGAAAGAAAACGUGGAUGCUAUCUAUCGAAUUUCCUGCGCAGAGACUUCGAAUGAAGCAGUCGAUAUUAGAAUGGAAACGCCAUUAUUUGGUAACUACGGCACCAAUAUCGCAGAAACAGACGAUAUCAAUGACAGUUGA